AUGAUUAGGAAUAUUAUAAUAAACGAGCAAAAGGGAGAUAAGUACCCAGCAGAUGACGUUCCAGCAAAAGUGCUAAAAUGGCUGGAAAACAACAAGAGAUACACUGAAGAAGAGAGAACAGAUAUCAUAGAAGGACAGGUUGUCGUGGUGCUGAAAGGCCAGUUUGCUUCAAUCAGAGGAGUUGUAGUAAAGAGGCUUCCAAAGAACCUUCUGCUAGUCUCGGGACCAUCCAGAAUCAACGGAGUGUCUUUCACCGUUGUAAACCAGAGAUUCGUGCACCCCGUGUCCGUCUUUGUGCCUCUGGAGAAGAAGUUCAUCGACUCCAUCGAGUUCAACAGAGAAGAGAUCGAGAGCAUACGCGACUGGACCACCGAAAACGCAUACGAUCUGGAAAUAAUGGAGCUGCUGUCGCUAGAUGGAGUGCAGGACGUAAUAGACAGUGCCAUAGAAAAAGAAUGCUCCAAGAUCAAAGGACUAAAGACGUACUUCAGCACGCCUUUCACUCUUCCAAAGGACAUUGACCCAAUGAGUGCUUUCUACUAA